AUGGACUUUUGGUCUCGUCUCAUCGGCGGCUCACGCGCGCCGUCCAAGCCCUCUCGGGCCACAUCGCCCACUGAACGACUGACGGCCUUCAAACGCGCCUGCAAUGCCCUCCAGCAAAUAUGGCGCUCCACCAAUACGCCGUCCGCCGAGCAGUCGACCGCCCACGCGCGCACCUACAUCGAACGACUCAACUCCAUCCUCAGCGAUGAGUCCCGCGGUCCAGCGCCGCACCCCUGUGUCGCCUACGCAGCCUCCUCUCAGAUAUUCGUGACGGUCACGAAACUCGCUUUAUCAUACUAUGACGAGAACGUGCUGCAAUCUGCUACGGUCUUCUUCAACACGCUUAUUGAUGCCGAGGUCGACGGCGUAGUGGAUAACCGACUCUUUGCUCGCGCGCUGGUCGAUCUAGUUCGUCGUGCGGAUAAGGCAUCUGGCGAAAUUGAGGGUCGCUUGGUGGAAUUGCUGUUCGGCAUCGCCAAUAAUAUCCGCCUACAGCCUGCCACCUUGCCGGCCUGGUUUGUGCCCCGGGUCACGCCUACCGGUCAGGAUAACGAGUCGCCAGCUCCCAGUGGUACGGAGUUCGCCGGUGCGACGCGCAAGGACGAGUUCCCGCUGUUCUAUCUGCUGGUUGAAUAUGUUCAUAAUGAAGGACGUGCGGGCGAUUUUGCUCGUACGGGGCUGUUGUAUCUUAUCGAGACCGCGUCGCGAUCGAAGAAUUUGGAGAAAUGGCUGAUUGAGAGUGAUUUGGCAACGCUGAUGGCGACAGGUCUGGGUGCGUUGUAUAGUCAGUUGGGCGGCUUGACAUUUACACCCACUGACGAGAAUGUGCCUCGGAUCAUUGCACUCUCGGAUCAUGCCAAAGAAGAGACAGCAUUACACCCGGCCUUGAGCGAGGCGAUGGAUGCAUUCAUGUCUUAUCUGCUGUUUUGGCAAGAUACCAUUGAUCAUUGCAAGUCCGAGGAAGUGAACGAUACGCUCUUGGAUCAUUUCCAGGUGCUUUUCCUCGAGCAACUUUUAUACCCUUCUUUAUUGGAAUCCUCGGAUGUGGCAGGCGGUUCCACUGCCGCGGUCUUAACCUAUCUCUGCCGGAUCCUCGACUCGAUCGACCAAGGCGAGCUAGUUCACCGGAUCCUGCAUUUCUUACUCGCUUCCUCUCCGCCACCAGAGGAACAAAUGUCCAUGUCGGCCAGUCGUCGGAAAUCACUCGACGUCCUGGCUGCCCUAGCAUCGGAAGCAGCCCAGCCUUCCCCUUCACUGUUCAACUUGCGUGAUCUGGCGCUCCUUGGACUUCAUUCUUCCAAUCGACAGACUGUGCUGGCCACACUGCGUCUGUUGAAUGUCGUCUUACAGCGUCAUCAUCCCUUUGCUCGUGCUCUCAUCCAUACGAUUCCCAGUCAGCCGGCACGACAGCGGACCGUUGGCGCGUUUAAUGCUGAGCUAGAACAUCUCCUCGAACUGGGCACGUCACUCAUCGCCGAGCCCACAUUGAACGAAUCAUAUGAGAAUUACGUUGCGGAUGCGACCUGGGUACUCGAGUCUCGGCUAUGCCUCCCAGUUUCUAUGGACGAUAGCGAGGAUGAAAUCCCUCUUCCACUGCAGCUUCAACAAGAUGAUCCUAUUAUUCAAGCUCUUCUCGUGUGUGUGGAGAACUUCUUCACCAACAGUGUUAUCGUCAACCUCGCCUUGACCGGAGUUCUAAUGAGUCUGGCCUCCUCUCAUCUGUUCUCACUGGAUGGCUGGAUCUUGGUCGACCCUCUUCAAUACAAUCCCCCUUCUCAAGAGGACUCCUCUGACGAUGCAGAUGGUAUCCGUCGAGCCUAUCAAACACCUACAUGGCCUGCCACUGCAUCCCCGACAUUGACCUCGGCCCUCGAGAAGCUGGUAACCCAGGUCCGUCAAUGGCAGCAAGAACUGCCAGACUUUGAUGUCCUGGUCGCAGCCCGGCGAGAACUCCUACACCAAGAAGAUCGCCCACAAACGCCAGAUCGCUCACGGGCACCAUCCGAGCCUCCUGUUCCUGCAUCGGGCGACCGUUCCCGUUUGUCCUACCCAGGAUCCCCCGAUCCUUCUGCCCCGGCAUCCCGCGGCCGAUCGCCACAGCCCAUCAGCUCCCCACCCAUGGCACCUACCUUGAUGAGAGGUGAAUCCACAGCCCGUCCCCUAGAAUCGCGGGGCUCAUCUACAUCUCGGAUCGCGGCAAUGGAAGUCCUCCGCCAGCGACUGGCCACGCCUUUCCCUACGGUAGCUACACAGCCACAGGCCACGGAGGAGACGGAGGAGGCAGCUACAACGGAGGACGUGGAAUCUGAAUAUCCCCCCGUGGCAACAUUAGGUCACGUUCUAACAAACGUGGUGAUUCUAUACGAGUUCCUCCUGGAACUCUCGGCCGUGGUACAAGCACGUGGGAGUCUCUUUGAAGAAGCGGGAUAUUUGUAA